CGAGGGUGGGAAAAUAAAUAUAGCAAACUAAUAUUUUGCCAUACGUUUGGGGUUUCGACGAGCUGUUUCUCCCUUUCCACCUCGCCGCCCUGUUUCCGUUCCCAUCCCCCAUCACGGUAGGGUUAGGGAGUUCCCGAUUCCCCCGGGUCGUCCCCGUCGUCCAUGGCCGCAAACUGCGAUUCCGCCGAGGCAGGCGGUGGGCCUCCCGCCGUCACCGUCCACGUACGGUGCACCGACGGCUCCAAGAUCUCCGUCAGGACGGCUCUCGACUCGACGGUGGGUGCAUUCAAGGCCGUCGUAGCCGGGAGCUCCGACGUGCCGGCGGAGCAGCAGCGGCUGAUCUACAAGGGCCGGAUUUUGAAGGACGAUCAAACGCUCGUGAGUUACGGUGUGGAAUCUGACCAUACCAUUCACUUGGUUCGUGCUGCUGCUCCAUCAGCCACAUCAGCUAACACAGCUGUGGGUAAUCAAGGAGCUUCAGUAACCUCAAAUAGCAACUCAGCAUCUGGUUUUGGAGGCUCACUUUUUCCAGGUAUGAGUGUUAACGGUGACGCAGGUAGUGAGACAGCUAGCCUGUUUGGGACUGGAAUUCCAGAACUGGAUCAGAUGCAGCAGCAGCUAGCUCAGAACCCAAACAUAAUGACGGAAAUUAUGAACAUGCCUGCCAUUCAGAACAUUAUUAACAACCCAGAUAUAAUCCAGAAUCUUUUUAUGAACAAUCCCCAAUUGCGUGAGAUCAUUGAUCGCAAUCCUGAUCUUGCGCAUGUCCUCAAUGAUCCGAGCACUCUGCGACAGACAAUGGAGGCAGCAAGAAAUCCUGAACUCAUGAGAGAGAUGAUGCGUAAUACAGACAGGGCUAUGAGCAACAUUGAAUCUUCUCCAGAAGGAUUCAACAUGCUCCGGCGUAUGUAUGAAACUGUUCAGGAGCCGUUCCUUAAUGCGACAACCAUGGGAGGAGACUUAGGGGGUGAUGCGGGAUCAAACCCUUUUGCUGCUCUUUUGGGAAGUCAGGCUGCUGCACAAGGCAGAGAGAGAUCGAUAAACUCAACCACUGGUUCAGAACCAACAACUGGUUCUGCUCCAAAUACUGAUCCACUCCCCAACCCUUGGGGGACCAAUAUUUAUUUGACAGCUGGAGGGCCUCAGCCAGUAAAUACAAGUUCUAAUCCUGCCAGCACACCUGGCGCUCCGGUAUUAAAUGGGCUUGGUUCACUGGAUUUGGAAAACAUGGUUGGGAGGAUGCAGGAUUCGUCCGUAUUAAGUCAGGUUUUGCAAAAUCCUGCUAUGAUGCAGAUGAUGCAAAAUCUCCUUUCUGACCCACAGUAUGUGAACCAGGUGCUUAAUUUCAACCCCAAUAUGCGUAGUCUGUUGGAAUCCAAUGGUCAGUUAAGAGAGAUGCUGCAAAAUCCAGAUUUUCUUCGUCAGCUUAUGUCUCCUGAAACUAUGCAGCAACUUCUAUCUAUUCAACAAUCAUUGUUCUCCCACAAUGGUCAGCAGCAGUCAAGACUAGAACAAGAGCAGACAGCUGGCGGCACUGGCACGCUGAACAACACCGGGCUUGAAUUCUUGAUGAACAUGUUUGGUGGACUUGGGACAGGAGGUCUUGGUGUUCCCCCAACUUCAAAUGUGCCAGCGGAAGAGCUUUAUGCAACUCAGUUGUCUCAGCUCCAGGAAAUGGGUUUCUUUGAUACCCAGGAGAACAUCCGAGCUCUGACUGCUACUGCAGGGAAUGUCCAUGCUGCCGUCGAGCGACUCCUGGGGAAUCCUGGCCAAUAAUUUUCUCCCUCUUUCAUACCGCACUGUGAACCCACACGAUAAGUCCGAAUUCCCCUCCGACACUGCCGCUGCCUUUACCAGGUUCCCGCAUACGAGCAUAUGCUGAGAGGUAAAUAUCCUGUCCACCUGUUAAGAAAUGGGUGUGUAUAAAGUAUGGAAUAUUUUCUGUCACCGAACUCUCUUCUUUCAUUACGUCUAUUAAAUUAGUUAAGUCGCUGUUCAUCUGUUUUGUAUUUUGGACGAGGGUCCAGCUACGUCCACAGGUUUAGCAUUAUAUAUGUUUUUGAUUCUU